GAAUCUUUGUUCGUGUUAUAGCUUUUAAAACAAGACAGAUGGUAUGGCGUGGCCACAAGCACGGRAUAGCUGUAACUAUAAAAGCAAAACCCUUGUGGUAAUGGAAACAGAGCGAGAAUGGGAAUUUAUCACAAAUGAAAUUCAAAACCGAGUAGGCAGUGAAAAUGGCGAAUGGUAUAUAGGCUUGGAGAGAAAUUACUCAACAGCGAAGUUAUGGACUUGGAUCAAUGGUAAACCUCUGACUAUUGACAAAUGGCUGAGAUUUAAUCCUGACCCAUACGACUGUUAUCGUCUGAUUCAUAAAGAAUUUCCAGUUGGAUAUAAAGGAACUUUUACCACCAUAAAGGGCAACAUAAAAAGAGGUUGGAUUUGCGAGGAAGUAACAGACAAUUGUCAAGGAGACUGUUUCUUUCAUGCUGUUUCGACAAGCACGAGUCCGCCUGUAACAAAAGCUAUUUCUACACGAGGGAAGACGUUCACUGAACUAGAUAUCACCAGUCCGCCUGGAACAAGAGCUGUUAAUUCAGGCGGGAAGACGUCAACUAAACAGUAUAUCACUGAUUUAUCAGGGUCUUCGACAAAUUUCUUCACCCCUACCUCGGAAAAAUUAACAGACGAAGUCCUCCUAGAUGACAACAGCAGUUCUUCUCUUACUGUAAUGAUAGCAGCCGCCUCUUUAGGCGAAGUGUUCUUCGUAGCAUUGAUCAUUCUUAUUGUAGUCAUGUUGCUGAGGCGAAAGAAACGUCAGGGAGAAGAUGCAGAGAAUGCAAAACCUUGGAAGUCAGGGCCGUACAAUAGCGAUGAAGACCAAUUUGGAGAAAGCCAAUAUGAAACUGCAAAUCCAGUCGAAGCCGCAAAGCUUCUUGUAUCACCAAACAGCACCUCUGAUGAGAGUAAUACAAAGCUCGAUCCACCGCCAGAAAAAUGUGAAUAUGCCGUCGUCAACAAGGCAAACAAGAAGCGAAAGGAGGGAGACCUUGUGUACGCUCAACUCGCCGAUUUUGACAAUAAGGCUGACGCCGCCAAACCCCCAAAACCACCCAGCUAUGAGCCCACGAUAUAUGCUGAUGUUGAAGAACUGCCUCCGGAGUUGCCUGGAAGAGAGGAUCCAGGCUACUCACAGCCAACGUAUGCGAAUUUGGAAACAACUGGUGUUUGAAAUAAAAAAGAAAAACUUCUAAGAAAUGUAUCUUAAUUCAACGGUGCCGGUUUUGACACUCGCAUUUGAAUUUUACUUUCAAGCGAAUUAAACGAAGAAAAUUAGAAAUAUGAUGUUCUAACUAAAGAUAUAAGAUAUUGGGGGUUGAGAGAUCUUUCAUAAGCAUUUUACAGCAUAAAUGCUGAGGGUUUAUGACGUUGUACGGGACAACUUUCUGUCGUUUACUUAACUUACAGGAGUAAGGACAACUUGUAGUCUGAAAGUUGCAACUUAUACGGAAUCAUAUAUUGGGUUUGGAUUAAACAAUUAGCAGUAUUCUAAAGACGCGUCGGACACAAGUUAGAGAAGAUAUAUCCUUCUUGGAAUGACUGGAAUGCAAUUUCGCUAAAAGAAACUUUCAGAUACAAUGAAUAUAUGAAGUUCAUAUAUUUUGAACUGCGGUAUUAAAUACAUAUGAUGCACGAUCCUUCGCAGUAGAUAUAAAGAGACUUUAUAGGCUCAUUCAAAAUCGCGAUAUCUUUUUUAUCUUUUCCAAUUAAUUCAUCCGUUUUUAUGUCUAAAUUCCAUGAACAGCUGCUUCAUCCGUUUUCUUUAGCUUUUCCAUCCAGUCGGAUGUAUUGAUAUCCUUAAAACUAGAUUGGCUUCCAAAUCUUCUUUUUCUCUUCCAAAGUCUCGCGCUAAAUUUGGUAUGUUUAGUAUACAAUUCCAAGGUCCUUAAACAUGGGAUACUAUUUAUGAAUAUCUUAAGUCAAGUAGCCUUUAUCUAUUCAUAAAAGAAAUGAAGAAUCUCCAUAUUGGCAUGGAUCAAUCAGUUUUUAUCGCCACCAAGUCUCGUCCAAUAGUCAUUAAAGUGCAUAUGACACGAA